AUGUCAAUAAGAGUAGUCUCUCGAUUUUUGAUUAGGAAUAGUAAAUUAAAAAUAAACUACAACAAUGUUUGCAAAACUUUAUCAAGUUACAGUCAAGAUCAGAGUUACGAUAAUUUAAAAAAUAAAUACUUUUUUGGCGGCAUCCUAGUCGCCGCUGGUGUUGUAGGUUAUGUGACUUUAAAGGAAAAGGUGUCUGCCGCGAGUGUUAUUAAUUUAUCAGGCAGACGUGAUCAGUUUAACUUUAUAGCUGAUGUUGUAGCUGUAUCCGCGCCUUCCGUAGUGUACAUUGAAAUCGAGGAUUCCAGAAGGUUGGAUAUAUUUACUGGUAAACAAUUAACACUGUCUAACGGAUCGGGUUUUAUAGUGAAGGAAGACGGAUUAAUAUUAACAAAUGCUCAUGUUGUGGUUAAUAAACCUAACGCGACCGUCAAAGUACGGUUAAUGGAUGGUUCAACUCAUAUCGGUAUAGUUGAAGAUGUAGACUUGAAAUCAGAUCUAGCCACUCUAAGGAUACCCGUCAAGAACUUGCCUACAAUGAAACUCGGAUCAUCGGCUGAUAUUCGGCCUGGCGAGUGGGUUUGUAUUUAUAAAAAUAUAAUUAUAUUUUCCAUUGCAGUGGUAGCAAUGGGAAGUCCUUUGGCUUUAAGUAACACAGUGACCGCGGGUGUAAUAAGUUCAACUCAACGAGCCAGCGAGGAAUUGGGACUGAGAGGCAAAGACAUGGUUUACAUACAGACGGAUGCCCCAAUCACCUUUGGGAACAGCGGUGGACCUCUCGUCAACUUGAACGGGGAAGCGAUAGGUAUCAACAGUAUGAAAGUCACAUCAGGAAUAUCAUUUGCCAUACCUAUAGACUAUGUAAAGGACUUCCUUGAAAAACGUACAACUAAAACACCACCAGUUUCAAGAAGAUACUUAGGCAUAACAAUGCUAUCUUUAACACCCAACAUACUUAUGGAGCUACGAAUGAGGAAUCCUGAGAUGCCAACAGAUAUUCAACACGGAAUUCUCGUAUGGAAAGUGAUAAUCGGAUCUCCUGCUUACAACGGCGGCCUGCAACCUGGAGAUAUAGUGACCCACAUCAAUAAUACUCCAGUAACAAAUGCGUCAGAUAUAUACGCAGCCCUAGAAAAGAACGUGGGCCCGCUCAGCAUGAACGUGGUACGAGGUAGAACGAGGAUGAUUGUCGUCGUGAUGCCAGACAUGCACUAA